AUGUCACCAAAUGGUUCUCCAGAUGCAAACGAGUACACCAUAGGAUGGAUUUGCGCUCUCCCAGAUGAAUUAGUUGUCGCAGGAGCCAUGCUAGAUGAGCAUUAUUACUGUCCACCGCAACCACGCAGUGAUCAUAACAAAUACACCGUCGGCCGAAUAGCAACGCACAACAUUGCCAUAGCUUGUUUACCUGCAGGCCUCUAUGGCACAACAUCGGCAACAAGAGUGGCCGAACAAAUGCAGUCUACAUUCCAGGCUCUGAGAUUCACACUUAUGGUAGGGAUCGGGGGAGGAGCUCCAAGUAACGAGAAUGAUGUGCGACUCGGAGAUGUAGUUGUCAGUCAGCCUACCAAUGGCCACGGUGGUGUUAUCAACUAUACAUUUGGCAAAACACUCAGUGGCGAGGGAUUUCAGCAUACCGGCUUCUUGGGUAAGCCGCCGCAAAUAUUGCUCAAUGCGAUGGCUCAUCUCAAGUCGAAGCACCGCUUACAUGACCCUGACUUACUCGGCCAUUUAGACCAAAUGGGGGAGGAAAAUGAUCACUUAUAUCUCGCGGAAUAUGCUCACGCUGGUGGCCAAGGAGAUUGUGACAAGUGUGACCCCGCCAAGAUCAAAAUUCGGCCAGUACGGCAGAGCCAACGUCCGGUUAUUCAUUAUGGGCUUAUUGCAUCGGCAGAUAUAGUCAUGAAAGAUGCUAUUGUGCGAGACAAGUUACAGCAGCAGCACGGCAUUCUGUGCUUCGAGAUGGAGGCUGCCGGGUUGAUGAAUGGACUAGAUUGCUUGGUCAUCCGUGGCAUCUGUGACUAUUCUGAUUCCCAUAAGAAUAAACGAUGGCAGCCCUACGCAGCAGCUGCUUCUGCUGCAUACGCAAAGGAGCUGAUCUACUCUCUCCCACUCUACAGCCCACCAGGUUCACCGAGAUAG